AUGAAGAAAUACAUAUUUAUACUAACUUUAGUCACACAAAAUAUACUAGCAUACAGUAUAUUCAGUAAACAUAACGACAAAGGCUCUUUCAAAAACAAAGAAGAAUAUAAGUCAAAGUCAGAAGGGAAAUACCACAGCAAAGGAGCAUCAAAAGGAAUGGACCCUUAUAAAAGUAAUAACCCUUAUAAAAAUAAUAACCCUUAUAAAAAUGACGGUUAUAAAAAUCCAAAUAAGGAAAUGAAUAAUCCUUAUAAAAAUAAUAACCCUUAUAAAAAUGACAGUUAUAAAAAUGACGGUUAUAAAAAUCCAAAUAAGGAAAUUAACAACAAUUACAAAAAUGACAGUUAUAAAAAUAACCAAGGUUAUCCACCCACUAAAAUGAACAAUCCAAGCCAUAACCCAAUGAAACCAGAUAUAAACAUGACUAACCCAUCAUUCCACAACACAGGCCCAGGCGUAUACACAGGAUACAGCACACUAAGAACAACAGAAAUGCAAGAUGGCCUAGCAGCAGCAAAUGUAAUAGGCAAUUACUACAGCAGCCUAAUAGAAAGAAAAGGUGCAAUCCCAGGGAUUACGCCUAUUUCAGGAAUAAUGGCAUAUCCAGUAGGGGGUGGUAUAUAUAGUGACUAUUGGGGUAAAAUACAAUUUAAAAUGAAUCAAGAUGGGGGACUAAUUGAUUCAUCAGGAUAUUUCACUGGGGUUCCCGUUGAAUCAAAGGAUGAAAUUAUUUCAACUGGAAUUUUAUCAGAUAUUGGCUUCUAUCAGGCCAGGGAUCUAUCAAAAGACGUUAUGAGCCAGAAUUAUAUCUCUGCAAAAAUGUUAAUUGAAGACAUUUCCAAUACAACAAAGAAGGAUAUCCAGGAAUUACACGAUGAGAAGUUCAGUGGAGACUUUUUAUCUGGGGUUAUGAAAUAUUUUAAGAGUGGUAGGGGGCAACCUGGUAAGGAAAAGUCAUGUAUGACAGUUUGUAUAUGCAGUGAUCCCACGUGCUCAAAGAAGUGCAAGUCAAUUAAGUGCAUUGAACCAAUGUAUUUAUUGUAG